ACACUGAUGUCAUAGUACCUGUGGCCUACCCUUAUACACAAUGGGCACAACUACAAAGUGAACAGAUUAUUGACAUGGCAGUGUCACUUGUGUUAUAAAGGAAUGCAGGAUAUCUGAUCCAUGCAUGUGUUCAUAUGUAAAGUGGCUGGUCUAGGUUAAUAGUAACUGUCUGCAAUAGAGGCUGUUUAUAACUGUGCCAGUCCACUAUCAUACGGAGUAGCUGAUAGGCCGCAAGGGACAAGAGCACCUGCCAGGCAUCUCUAUAUUUACCAUCCCAACAAUCCAAGAAUGGACAUGGCAAGCAGAGGACUCCAGUGCUAUUAUUAGCUGCCACUCGCUCCUUAUCCAUUUGUUAAAAGUUUGUUUUAAUCACGCCCAGUUACAGUCCGACACUUGUGUAAUUGCUGGAUCCCAUUUGUACCAGAGACCAAGAGAAAAGGAUGUGAAGCUUGGCACCCGAUUAUCAGGAUUGUGUACCAGCUCUGACAACUGUGCUGACUCACAAUACUGGACGACUCACAAAGCUUUUACAUCUAACAAUAGUUCAUGAUGAAAUUGGUUUUCUGCAGAUGUCUAAAGAUGAACGUUAUGGAUAUCACAAAAAUCUUUUCCAUGCUAAAGCCCAGAGAGGAUGAAGAAGAAGUGCUUGAAGACGGUCGUGAGCUUCAUUUGGCAGUAGCAAUGGAUAACCCAGAGUUGCUCAACGGUCUACUUUCUGAAGACAAAUAUAAGAAACUACUCAAUACUCACAGUGGUUGGGGUGUUCCAGUAACUCCCCUCCGUCUGGCUGCAUCCAAGGGAUCUUUCGAAUGUCUAAAGAUUCUCUUGGCCAAUGGGGCAGAAGUGGACAUCCUAGAUGUGAAAGCCCAAACGCCUCUCUUCACUGCAGUCAGUGCUGGCCAUUUUGACUGUGUCAGAGAAUUACUCAAGGCUGGGGCUAAUCCCUCAGGUAGCAUCUACAAUAACAGCACUCCUGUGCUGACGGCCUCCAGAGAAGGCAAUGUCAGUAUCUUAAGGGAACUAUUGGAAUAUGGCGCAGAUCCUAAUGUCAAGUGUAAAUUACCAGACUGGGCUGUAAAUAUUACAACCUCUACAGGUCCAUUAUACCUCUCUGCUGUCUAUGGGCAUUUGGAGUGUUUUAGGAUUUUGCUCCUCCAUGGGUCUGACCCAGACUACAACUGUAUAGAUGGGCGAAUUCUAAAAAGGAUAAAGCAAGCUAAAACUGUGCUUGAUGUGUGCCUGAAACAUGGGUGUCGGACGUCCUUUGUGAAAUUACUUGUUGAUUUUGGAGCUAAUGUCUAUUUGCCUGACCUCAACAUUGCAAAGUCAUUCCCUAACCAUGAAGCAAUAGAACUUCUGACAAGAGAAAGAGUGUUUCCGAAGUCUCUUCUCUCCCAAUGUCGCUUGAAUAUUCUGAAGCUGGUGAGACAAGCGGGAAAGAUGCAUCUUCUUGACCAGUUAGAGAUCCCUCAUACAAUGGUCAGAUAUCUCAUUCACCAAGCCUAAUAGGAUGAUGGAUGUGGCAGAAGCAACAGAGUACCUUGGAAAUCUUCAGGCUCCAAUUGUGCAAUAAUUAAAGCUAAAUACAGGACGUGAGCUUAGAGGACAUGGUUUAAUGCUCUCUAGUUUAAAUUGUGCAUUACUAAACCGGUUCCACAUACUGGGCCUGAUGCAGAGUGAGUACUAUGCCAGUUUACACAUGCUCAGACCAGUGGGUACACACACGUGCCCAUGCAGGUUGUAUAUUUCGGCCACUGAUGUCUGCUUCUGCCUGGGUAGACAGGAAAAUUCAGCUGAAGACCAAGUACUUUAAGAGUAUUCACACAAUUAUAGGUAGUCAGGAGCAGUGCAACUAGUGGAUGAUGGUGAUGGUCGCCAGAAAUAGGGAACUGCCUGUGAUAGGCUCCUUGCAGAAGAUCCACUGAUUGGUGCUUUCUGCAUCUUUUAGGUUACUGGAGAUGGGGAUUCAUAUUCCUGUAUUAAAGAGAAUUUAGAAGUUUUACGGAGGCCUAAUGACAAAUGCAGGUGCAUAUAAAAUAAAUGGGAUAAAUCCUUGGCAUAAGAGGGAUGAACGUGUCUGUGACCUAUGUCUGGCAUAAACCAAGCGCACACACCUCAAGCCCUGCAUAUGGGCACAAAUAUGUUGUUUUUCUUUGCAUGUCAUUUUGACAACUGUAUGCUAACCCGGCAUUAGCCCCCGCUAUGUAUAACUCGAAAAUAUGUAAAAGUAUGGCCCUAAAUCAGGUGUGUGUGUGUGUGUAAAGAGUAGAUCGCUGUUCCAAUUAACAGGGCUAGCUUUAAUUUAUUUAGUUUAAACUUCCAGAGCAACCUCUGCAGAGGAUGAGAAUGAUGCUUCAGCUAAGCUAGGUACCUGUGCUCGCUUAGCUAUAAGCAGUCAUGCUAUAACGUACAGUAAUUAUUGCUAGCAUCCAGAGACAGUCAUAGAACCCACUCGCACAAGACACACCUUGGCAGAGGCUAAAAAUGUAUGUAAAUGCCACUGCCUGCUCAGUAAGAAGCACGCUUUCAUCAUGGGCAGAUGGAAACCAAGUUGCCUGGAAUACACAGGAGCCUCUGUAGAGAUGAAACCGUACAGCACAUAUCGCACAUUGUAACACCGGUACAGUUACAGCCAGGCAUACAGAUCUUUCUUAAUUGUACACACUGUGAGAUAUUUUCUUUCGAUUUUGACUAUAUAGUCAAAAUCGCAAGAAAAGUUAGUGCAGAUCGCAAGGUGAAAGUCACCUUGCGAUCCCGAUGCGCGGUCCCGCCAGGUCGGCAUCACAAGAAAAGAUAGACUGUGCAGGCAAGUCAAUCCUUGCUAGAUCGGUGUACUAUCUAGGUCAUCUCACAUGUCAAUGACAUCUCCCAUAAGCCAAAAUCAUAAGCACACAUAGUCCAUACUCUCAAGAAAAGUUAGUCAAAAUCUGUGCUAUCUGGGCUCCAGGGAGUUCAAGGGAAAUCGCAAGUGAAAAUCGGGCAUAGCAAGGAUCUCACCGUGUGUACACACCCACCCUAACCUUCCCUCUUAUACUAUGCUGUUU